AUGGGCAUGGAGGAUGAGAGACCAGCAAAGCGACUGAAUACCUCUGAGAAUGACUACUUUGAGGAUGCAUCGAAGGAAGUACUCUGGACGGAUAUCGAGCAGGUCCUUAAAACCACUGAGACAGAUGACGCCGAACGCGGUUGGAUAGCGGGACAAGCCUUCAUGAUUUUUGGCGGCAGACCCGAAAGCAAAAUUCAACUCAGAUCUCGCGGAGGAAGGCAACUGCAAAUAUCUAUAACGUGCCCGGAACAUGCUCUAUUCACGUUUUCAAUCCAACAAGCCGUUCGAAUUUCACUGCGAGGCGCAAGUCUCUCCCGGCUGAAAGGUGGAACCUCUGCGCCAGGGCAUUUGUCUUUCAACCUCGUUUUCAAAGAUGGCGCUGCUGUUAAGUUUAUGACUGGAGGGAAGGGGAUACAAGCCGGCCAAAUUAUUGACUCGUGGCAAGUUCGAUCAGAGAGGGUAAUCGAGAAUGAGCCACCUGUUGAGGAUUGGUUCAUGUCUUCUCCAAUAAGGCCUGCCACAGCUGAAGCUCCAAGUCCCCUUGAUAUGCGAAAGGAUAGUGACCUCGUUAGAGCUUCUUCGUCUUCUUCAACGCCUUUCCCAGAAACGCCCGGAAGAAAUCUGCAUGCUAUUCACCCUGAGUCUUCCGUUGCGAUUAGCAGUGGUGAUGCCGAUGCCGAUGCCGAUCUUGUAAUGCGACAGGACGUCCGAGAACUUGCUCAGUCUAGUAUCGUUCAGGGUAGCAAAUCACUUCCCCACGACGUCGAUUUGGAUGUUUCAGAUAGUAAUACUGCACAUGUAGUCGACCGCCGAACGAAGAAACCC